GGCAACCAGGAGCCACCUCAUACAGCCCCGAAAACAAAGGGGGUAUGGCAAAGGCCUGUCUGUCGCCGAGGUCUCAGUCACAGGCUUGUCCUGCGUGGCCGGUCCAGGACUAGAAACCGUCCUGGCAGCUGGGAGCUUGGUAGAGGCGGGGCGGCGAUAGCGCCACCCCCGGUCUCCUCCCCCGCACCGCCCAGCGGUGCGAAACUCUGGUUGGCUUGUCUAGUAAGUUGUACUUUAGGUCUAUCAUUUUGAAAAGUCCUGACCUCUUGCCGCCCUACCCUAGUCGGAGAACUCACUGAAGCUGAGUGUUUGGGGAUCAGGCCGGCUUGAAGGCUGCAAUCCUGGCGGACACCACCGGGCAAAUUCGGCGCUGCGGCGGGUGAGCGUGGGCGAGAUGCGGAGCAGGAGCAAUUCUGGGGUCCGCCUGGACGGGUACGCGAGGCUGGUGCAGCAAACCAUCCUGUGUUACCAGAACCCAGUCACUGGGCUGUUAUCAGCCAGCCAUGACCAGAAGGAUGCCUGGGUCCGGGACAACAUCUAUAGCAUACUGGCUGUUUGGGGCCUGGGCAUGGCUUACCGAAAGAACGCUGACCGUGAUGAGGAUAAAGCCAAGGCCUAUGAGCUGGAACAGAAUGUGGUGAAGCUGAUGCGAGGUCUUCUCCAGUGCAUGAUGAGACAGGUGGACAAAGUGGAGAAGUUCAAGCACACGCAGAGUACCAAGGACAGUCUGCAUGCCAAGUACAACACUGCCACUUGCAGCACCGUGGUGGGUGAUGACCAGUGGGGCCACCUCCAGGUGGAUGCCACCUCCCUCUUCCUCCUGUUCCUGGCCCAGAUGACUGCCUCAGGCUUGCGUAUUAUUUUCACCCUUGAUGAAGUGGCCUUCAUACAGAAUCUUGUCUUUUACAUAGAAGCUGCAUAUAAAGUUGCUGAUUAUGGAAUGUGGGAGCGUGGAGAUAAGACUAAUCAGGGCAUUCCAGAACUGAAUGCGAGCUCUGUGGGAAUGGCCAAGGCAGCACUCGAGGCAAUUGAUGAACUUGAUCUUUUUGGAGCCCAUGGAGGACGCAAGUCAGUCAUCCAUGUCCUACCUGACGAAGUCGAGCACUGCCAGUCAAUUCUUUUCUCCAUGUUGCCAAGAGCAUCAACAUCUAAAGAAAUCGACGCUGGACUUCUUUCUAUUAUUUCUUUCCCGGCCUUUGCAGUAGAAGAUGCGAACCUUGUAAAUGUGACCAAAAAUGAAAUAAUUUCUAAGCUUCAGGGCCGUUAUGGAUGCUGUCGCUUCCUUCGGGAUGGUUAUAAAACCCCAAGAGAGGACCCACAUCGAUUGCAUUAUGACCCUGCCGAACUUAAGCUCUUUGAAAACAUUGAAUGUGAAUGGCCUGUGUUCUGGACUUACUUAAUCAUAGAUGGAAUCUUCAAUGGUGAUGCUGUUCAGGUCCAAGAGUACCGAGAAGCUCUGGAAGGAAUCUUAAUCAGGGGCAAAGAUGGGAUCCACUUGGUGCCAGAACUCUAUGCCAUCCCACCAGACAAGGUGGAUGAAGAGUACAAGAACCCUCACACAGUAGACCGAAUUCCACUGGGGAAGCUGCCCCAUCUUUGGGGACAGUCCUUGUACAUCCUCAGCUCCCUGCUGGCAGAGGGAUUCCUUGCCACUGGUGAAAUUGACCCCUUAAAUAGAAGAUUUUCUACUUCAGUCAAACCUGAUGUUGUAGUACAAGUCGCUGUUUUGGCAGAAAACAGUCAUGUUAAGGGGCUGUUGCGGCAACAUGGGGUGAAUGUCCAGAGCAUUGCUGAUGUGCAUCCAAUUCAAGUCCAGCCAGGCCGGAUUCUUAGUCACAUAUAUGCCAAACUUGGACGAAAUAAGAAUAUGAAGUUGGGUGGUCGACCAUAUCGGCACAUUGGUGUCCUUGGCACCUCUAAACUGUAUGUGAUUAGGAACCAGAUCUUCACUUUUACACCCCAGUUCACGGACCAGCAUCACUUCUACCUGGCCCUGGACAACGAGAUGAUUGUGGAGAUGCUGAGGAUCGAGCUGGCCUAUCUGUGCACCUGCUGGCGGAUGACCGGCCGCCCCACACUCACCUUCCCUGUCACGCACACCAUGCUCACCAGUGAUGGAUCAGAUAUUCAUCCUGCAGUUCUUUCUACAAUCAGGAAACUAGAAGAUGGAUAUUUUGGAGGUGCUAGAGUAAAACUAGGAAACCUAGCAGAGUUCCUCACUACCUCAUUCUACACCUACCUGACCUUCCUGGAUCCAGACUGUGACGAGAAGCUGUUUGAUGACGUCAGUGAUGGGAGCUUUAGUCCUGACAGUGAGUCAGACAUAGGAGGAUACCUGGAGGACAGCACUCAUCCAGAAAGCCAAGAUGAACUUGACCAGUAUAUCAACCACCUUCUUCAAAGCACAUCCUUGAAGUGCUACCUACCUCCUCUUUGUAAGAAGUCAGAAGACAGACAUGUUUUCAGCGCUGUCCACUCCACUCGGGACAUACUUUCUGUGAUGGCCAAAGCGAAGGGUUUGGAAACUCCAUUUUUUCCAAUGGUUUUGCCAACUAAAGUUCUGAGUGGACACCGGAAGUCACUGAAUCUUGUUGACUCCCCUCAGCCACUCCUAAAGAAGACUCCUGAAUAUGACUGCCAGUGGCCCAGAGACGACCAUGGUGAAAUGGACUGUGAAAAGCUGGUUGGGCAACUGAAAGACUGCUCAGACCUACAGGACCAAGCAGACAUUCUGUACAUUCUUUAUGUAAUAAAGGGGCCCAGCUGGGAUACCAAUCUGUUUGGACAGCAUGGAGUCACUGUUCACAGUCUUCUCAGCGAGCUCUAUGGAAAAGCUGGCCUGAAUCAAGAAUGGGGUUUGAUCCGCUACAUUUCAGGCCUGCUCAGGAAGAAAGUGGAGGUCCUGGCUGAGGCUUGUGCAGAUCUGCUGUCCCACCAGAAGCAGCUUACAGUGGGCCUGCCCCCUGAGCCCCGGGAGAAGACCAUCUCCACGCCCCUUCCCCCAGAGGAGCUCACAAAACUCAUCUAUGAGGCCAGUGGCCAGGACAUCAGCAUUGCCGUCCUCACACAGGAGAUCGUGGUGUACCUGGCCAUGUAUGUCCGGGCCCAGCCUAGCCUCUUUGCAGAGAUGCUCAGACUCCGGAUUGGAUUGAUCAUCCAGGUGAUGGCCACAGAGUUGGCUCGGAGCCUGAACUGCUCAGGAGAAGAAGCUUCAGAGAGUUUGAUGAACCUCAGCCCCUUCGACAUGAAGAACCUCCUGCAUCAUAUUCUGAGUGGGAAGGAGUUCGGUGUGGAGAGAAGCGUGCGCCCAAUUCACUCCUCCACAUCCAGCCCUGCCAUCUCCAUCCAUGAGGUGGGUCAUACUGGAGUCACCAAAACUGAGAGGAGUGGUAUCACCAGACUGAGGAGUGAGAUGAAACAGAUCAUUAGGCGGGCUAGUGCUGAUGAGCAGAGGUCCAGUACCCCAUCCUCCCCAACGGGCACAUCAUCUACAGACUCCGGAGGACACCACAUGGGAUGGGGGGAGCAGCAGGGCCAGUGGCUGCGCAGGAGAAGGCUGGAUGGGGCCAUCAACAGGGUCCCCGUAGGAUUCUACCAGAGAGUGUGGAACAUCCUUCAGAAGUGCCAUGGUCUGUCCAUCGAUGGUUAUGUCCUCCCGUCUUCAACAACUCAAGAGAUGACCCCGUGUGAGAUCAAGUUUGCUGACCACGUGGAGUCAGUACUCAACCGCGUGUCCCAGCCCGAGUAUCGGCAGCUGCUGGUGGAAGCCAUCAUGGUACUGACACUGCUCUCAGAUACGGAGAUGGACAAUAUCGGGGGCAUCAUCCAUGUGGACCAGAUUGUGCAGCUGGCCAAUCAGUUGUUUCUUCAGGACCAGGUAUCAUUUGGAGCCACAGACAUCCUGGAAAAAGACCAAGCCACAGGAAUUUGUCACUUAUUUUAUGACAGUGCUCCUAGUGGGGCUUAUGGUACAAUGACCUACCUAACGAAAGCAGUGGCUUCUCAUCUGCAGGAACUGCUGCCCAGUUCAGGCUGCCAGAUGCAAUAGGGCCUUACCCAUAAACACGACCACCCUCUGAAUCUGCACUCGGUCCUAUAGCCUCAUUGGGAAGUUUCUUCUGCCUUCCCCCUGGGUCCCCUGCUCUGAUCCCCACCAGAAAGCUUCCCGGGGAGGAGAUGACAGUACUCAAGCCGGAAGCAAUGUGUGUUUAAGCCACAGAUAAAGCUGAUGAAUCCCCGCUCCCCUGAGAAGCAGCCUGGGAUCAUUUUCUAGGUUCAUUUCACUGGAACGUUUCUCACAGCAGCUGGGCUCAUGGACUCCGAAAAGGAACUGGAAAUUGGUCUCUUCUGAGUGCAGAGUGAACGGAGAAGCCAGCUUAAAUUGGCUCUCACCGAGAGUUACAGAAAUAGGUUCGAUGAGCUGGUGACACAUGUUGAAGGUGGAAAGAUCCUUCCAGCGACAAUAACUAGACAAGCAGACCUUGACAGGGGCACAGCCCAACACAAUGCAGGCUGUCUGAGAACCAAACUGUUUACCCAACAGAAUAAUUCGGUCUCUGGAAAUCUUUCCUAACCCCCCACUCUAUUGAGGUCAUACAAUUCUUCAUUGCCCAGAUGAACUAAAUUGGCCCUAGUUAAUAUUGGCUCAUAGUCUUCAGAGGAUCUUAUCCUGACUGUCCACAAAUUACAGGAGUCUCCUCUCACCCUAGAAAAAUUCCUUAUCUUCCAGAAUCCAGAACAAAACAACAACAAAAGGAAGGUGAGGCUCUGACUCUUCUGAUAGCCAGACUGUUUUAGGAGGGGGUCCCGUGGAAAGAAUGGCCUAUGUCUCUGCUCCCCCUGAGAUCACCACCAUGCAUGCUCAAAGCAUGAGUCAGCAUUUGCCAUGGAAAUUAGUGGUGUGUUCCUGCAGAAACAAUACUCCCUUAAAAAUAGCCUGGGAACCCAAAACAACUUUACAGAAGCACUCUCAGAUGGGUAUGGUUGGUACACUAUGGCAGAGAAGGCUGAGUCCUGGCAAAGUCUGGCGAAUCUUUCGCCAUUGUUCUGGUGAAUGGAGGUUCUUUUUAAGCCUUGCCUUGCCCAUGUUGGGAUAAAUAACUGAAAGAGUAGUUUCUGUGAAUAAUCAGGCCUGAAGGACAAAGUCACCUAGUGGCCAAGUGCUACAUUCCCAUCUAGUUGUGAGAGGUUCCGAUUUACAGUGACUCUUCACCUCUGAAGUGGAAACAAGGCUGCUUUAUCAUCUUCUCAAAGUCUGUGUGGAGAAGGGUCUUGGUGUUCAGAGGUGAACAGUAGCCCUCAGGGUGGAGAUUUGGGGCUGACUUCACUUUAUUCUCAAAACAGAAGGUGGCAGGGUGCCCUGCUAUUCCUAACCACUUCUAGGCAUUUCUAAAAAAAUGUAUUUACCUGUGUGUAUCUGUGUGAGUGUGUGCCACCUGUGUGGGAGUCCCUGCAGAGGCCAGAAGAGAGCAUCAGAUCCCCAAGAGCUGGAGCUACUGGCAUUUGUGAACCACCCCGAUAUGGGUACUGGGCCCCAAACUCAGGUCGUUUGGAGAGCAGCAAGUACCUGCUGAGCUAUCUCCCCUGCCCUCUUGGAUCUUUAAGACAUCUUCAACAUAAACCAUCUUCAACAUAAAA